AUGCGGCCUUUGUAUCAGGUGCUCAGGCACCUAAUCUUCGCCAGCUUAACGCGUGCUCAGUUUGGUGUUCAGAAUGAUAGGUCAGUUCUCGGUAUUAACAAUGAGUUCUCAGGUGUUUGUUACACAUAUGUUUCGGUCUAUCCAGUCCUUGCCGAUCCCGAUUAUAUCACCAUCACAAAGCCCUACAGAGGCUCAGUAACAACGCAGUAUACUGUCCCACCGCAGGGCGAUGAGCCUGGUAUUGUUAUAGUUGAACAACCGGGUGGUUCGUCGGCGCCGGAGAAUGUAGUCAUCCCCGCGACGGAUGAUAGGUCUUAUGUUAUUAUUAUUAGGCCGCAUUCAGGGCCGAAUACGAUAUCUGCGCCUAUUACGCAGGUUGUUCCGCCGAGGAGUGGACAGCCAGGGCAGAUUAUUAUUGAGACGCCGGAGACUCAGGGUGUAUUGCAGCCUCUUACGCUUGAGCCGAAGGAGGUGACUGGCUAUGUGACGGUUCUUCGACCACUGACUGGGACAUUGGCGUCGUUGCAACUCAUCACGAUCUCACCGACUGGGACAAACCGUGGAUCGGUCAUCAUUAAUGUCCCAACAUCAGAACUCAAUGGGGGAAGCCUCCAAGGCCUUACUCUUGAGCCUGCACAGGAUGGCGAUUAUGUCACUGUGAUUGAACCAGCGGGUACAGCCUUUAGCGGAACUGUUCCAAUCAGACUAACAGUACCACCGAGCAAUGGAAACCCUGGUACUAUCAUCAUCCAAACUCCCGUACCAGGAACUCUGAUGCCGUUGGCCCUUGAGCCUUUGACCCCUAACACGUUGGGCGCCUUGGGACUCGCUGGUCAAACCAUCACUCUUCAACCUGCCGAUGCUACCGGCUAUGUGACCAUCAUCGAACCAGCCGAAGGAAGCGUCACACCGACAGCUCCUAUCCGAACUACAAUUCCACCGACUGGUAUCAAGCCAGGAACUGUACUCAUACAAACACCACCGGGUUGGAAUGAUGGGGGAGAUGGUGCAGCUUUUCAACCUACUCGAACUCGGCCGCAAGGCUCGGUAUCGUAUACAACUAUUACUCGUGGAGUACCCAUGGGGAUGGGUGGCUCUGGCGGUGGGUCAAAUGGAGGACCAGGGUCUAGCGAUGGCUCUGGCGAUGUCCAGGGCCUACCAGGUCAAGGUGGCGACGAUGAAUCAGGGCCGCGACAGACCCUCACCAUUCCUCCUAAGGGUGGUAACCCCGGUACUGUCAUUGUGCUGACACCUGAAAACCCGAAUAAUCCGCAGACUGGCAACAACGGUGGUGGCGAUGAUGGUGCCCAGGCUACUGGAGGAUCUAGUGGUGGAAACCAAGGUGGUUCAGGUGGUGGCUCAGGCUCAUCGGGCAGCGGAAAUGGCCAGGGUGGAAGCGGAGGGAGCUCGAACAACGGGGAAUCUGGAGGUGGUUCCGACAGCAGCAGUGGCAGCUCAUCUGGACAAGGAGGCAGCUCCAGCAACGGGGGUUCCACUGGUGGCGACGAUGACCCUGUAAAAGGCGGCGUUCAGGGCUCCGGCUCCGGAUCUGGAGACGGCGAUGGUGACGGUGCAUCAGGAAGCGGAGGAUCUUCAGGCUCAAAUAACGGCAAUGGGUCUGGAAAUGGCGGGUCAUCAAGCUCCGGUGGAAGCAGUGGCUCGGGAGGUACCCAAGGCGGCGCUCAAGGUGGUUCCGACAGUGAGGGUGGCUCCGGAGGCAGUGGUACAAGAUCUGCUGGCUCUUCAUCGAGCACCAAGGGCGCUUCUAGUGGUGGUUCUGGGGGUGGAGAUGGACCAGGAUCGGGAGAUGCGGAGUCUGAAGGCGGUGGCUCAGAGGGCGGUUCAGAUUCUGGCAAUGGAGGUUCUGGUGGGAGUGGAUCGACUUCUGGCGGCAAAGGCUCUAGCGGGGAUGGAGAUGGUGACUCUGGAUCAGGAGGAAAUAAUUCCGGAGGAGCAAAUGGUGGUUCGGGGCAGUCAUCGUCAUCGCGUAGGGGAAGUACUUCUGGCCGCCCAAGCACUCGAUCACCAAUUGUUAGGACAUCACCAUCGACCUACGUUGUCACAUCCAGCAGCACUGUAUUUACCAUCACCGCUGAUGUUGUGGAGACUCUCACCGCCGAACCUCAGAGGACUCGUCGAUCAACCAGUAGCGGCCGUCUCACAGGCGGAGUUGAAGGGUUAGGCGGAAGUGGAAUUGCAGCUACCGACAGAACGACAUUCAGACGCCCUUCAAGUAGCUGGUCUACUGGAUCUGCGGUCGACACUGCUGGCGGAGCUGAUUCUGGAGUUGAGCCUGAUUCCACACAAACUACACAGGCUCCUGGAAGUCCUUCAAGUACUAGACGAGCUGGUGCUUCAUCAAGUUCAGGUUACACUGGUAUUGUCGACACGCGUGUUCGCCCUGGAGGUAGCGGUCUGAGCUCUACGCGCAGCAGGACUUCGACUUCAGGACAAGCUUCUCGAUCUUCGAAUGGAGAGACUACUAUUGUCGAUAGUGGUCCUGUCAUAACAAAUGAUCCUGGCUCUGAUGCAGAGGAAGCUACGUCAUCUGUCAGAAACGCGGCCCAGAGGUCAAGUACCUCUCAAUCAUCUAGUGUGCAAAGGCCUGUUGCAGCAACUUCCUCAUCGGAUACUCGUUUCACUGCGAGACCUGCUGUCAUAUCGACUAGCGCUGGUAAUGCUGAAGCUGGAGGGACGUCACUGGCUUCGCAAAGAAGUAGUAGGGCUCCUAGCUCGGUAUCGGGCUUCGUAGAAGGUGAACCUGGAUCAACAGCUGGAGGAAACAACGGUGGUGCUUCUUCGGAAGAUGAAGAGGCGACAUCACAAGCAUCACGAGCUUCAAGUGGCUCCCAGUCUACUAGGUCUGGUAGUGCUGGCCCUUCUUCAGCUUCAGCGAGAUCUAGUGCUUUGACUACCUCGCGCGAAGGCUCAUCUGUGUCUGAUGCAGCUCGCGGAUCCAGCGUGGGUACAUCAACAGCAUCACAAGGCGCAGGCCAGAGCUCAAGCACCUUCAUAACAAGCGAGGAGAUCAAUAUUGAGACUAUAAUUGGUACACAGAGCGUUCCGGAGUCAGAGCGCGUGGAACAGCCUGGUGACACGUCGACUCGUUCAGCGACUAGCAGUGGUGCAGGAUUGACAGGCCAGCCAGCGGCAGGAGUUGGAGGCUCGGCCACUGCUGAAUCAAAUUUGGGAACCACAGCUAUUGAUGUUGAUGAUGACGCGACGACAUCUAGUGGAGAGUCGCUCACUGGAGGACCUGCUGCUGGUGCUACAUCUGGAAGUUCGGGCGAGAGCUCUGUGAGCGGCGACUCUGAUGCUGAGACUUCCUCCACUUCUAGAGAUCCUGGAUCUGAAACGGCAUCUGAUAAUUCUCGGGAGACUGGAGAUGCUACUGGUACUGCUCAACCUGAAGAUGGCGAGACAAGCUUGAUCUCGCCUCAAGUGCCAGUCCCCACUGAUCCAUCGCCCGAAUCUGGAUCCAGCAGCCAGUCGCUCACUGGCGGCGUCGAAGGUAUACCUGUCAUGAGUGACUCGUCGUUUGAGUCGCCUGAGCUGCCACUGCCGACUGCGGUAUCAACUGGUCCACUUCCUGACUCCAAUCUGCUGUCUACAGCAACAGGUGAGGUGUCCUCGGCAGCAUCGCCUGGAUUCGAAGUUCCCACUGGUUCGCAAGCUGCGCCUUCUGAUGAUGACCUUGACCCCGGCUCAGGAGAUACCACUACAGAUGGGCCUACAGGUAGUGAGAUUUCAGAGCCCGAUACUUCUUCUGACUCGGCGGAUGGCGAAGCGUCCGAGACAGGAUCCUCAGGUCCCGAUGAGACUGGCACUGGGGCUUCUACAGAGCCAUCACAGAGUGCCUCGCUAGGUGAUGGCGAUGGCGAUGGUGCCAGAACUACAGAUGAAGCAGGCGCCGAGUCAUCUGAGACAGACGCCGACGCGGAAAGCGAGACAUCUGGCCCUGAUGCUACUUCUGAUGGUUCUGGAUCUGAAGCUGGCCCCAGCACUGAUGAAGAUGGACAGACCAUCACCGACGGAUCUGGAGGAAACCCCACAGAUAUCAUCCCAGCAGAUAACAGCCUAACUACGGAAGCUCCUGACGGCACAUUAGCAACCAUCACCGUCUUCAGAGCAGGCCGUGGCCCAGCCCGAACAACUCUCUACGUCCCUCCCCAAGCAUCCAACGAUCCAUGGACAGUCGUCAUUGAGACACCAGUUUCAGAGACUCAAUCUGAAGCUGCAACUGCUCGCGGAGACGACGAUGUUCUCGCUACCACAUCUGCUAUAGGCGGUAACACCAAUGUUACCAUCUUCAGAGCUGGAUCUAGCCCAGCACGAAGGACUCUCUAUGUACCUCCCAGGUUUGCGAACGAGCCUGGUACUAUUGUUAUUGAGACACCAACUGGGACCGCUAUCGCAACUGCGACUGAGACUGGGAUUGAUACACCUAGUGUUCGACCCAACAUCACGGUCUACAGCUCUGGUACUGCUUCCAGCAGAAUUACCAUCUACGUACCUCCUACUGCUUCAGAUGGAGAUGGGUAUAUCAUCAUUGAGACCCCUGCUGUGAGGGCAGUCACUGUUUACACAGAUGGUCCUGCAUCAACUACUCGAACGCUUACUAUUCCCGGUACUGCCUUAGGCGAUCCUGAUACAAUUCUCAUUGAGACUCCGACUUCAGGUUCAGAUUCUGGUCCUGCUAAUGUCACCGUUUACACCGGAGUUUCUGCCACUGUCGCCACUACUCGUUUCGUUCCUGGUACAGCUUCAGAUGAACCUGGAACGUUCAUUGUCGAAACACCACUUGGCAGUCAAACUUAUGUGACAGUCUACAGUGGUGGACCAGGUACAGCUGUUACAACGCUCUACUUGACACCGAGUGAAUCUGGUGUUUCGACCACUAUGGUCAUUCAGACUCCAACUCAAGGAUCCGAGGAGUCUGCUACAAAUGAUAGCGAAGUUCGUGAGACUGGAACCAUUACAGAAGCUUCAGGCACAUCAGCGACUCGUCGUGGGAACGUCACCAUCUACACCCAAGCGCCUGGAACAGCUGGCGGAACAUUCUACUUCCCACCUGAUGACCCAGAAGAGUCGGGCACUAUCAUUAUUGAGACACUGCCUGGUGAUGCUGAAGAAACUGGUACUGAGUCUACUGAAGGUCCGGUCGCCCCAACUGCUGGUGGCCGGAUCAACACCACGAUCUUCAGUGGCGGCCCCGUAACUGCACCCAGAACACUUUACAUAUCAGCGACAAUUUCUGGGGAGCCAGGGACGGUGCUUAUAGAGACACCAACCACAGGCCCAGAAGCAAAAGCUUCAGAGUCAGCGACACGCCAGCGAUACACAACCAUCUUUGGUGGAGGGUCUGGAACGGCCACGAGGACUAUCACCAUUCCUGCUACUGUAUCUGGUGAGCUGGAUACUAUUCUGAUCGAGACACCCACUGGUGGAGCUCCUGAAGUCACAAUCACCAGAGGCGGACCCGUCUCAGUCGCUACCACUAUUACUAUUCCUGGUGGGCCUGGCGAACCUGACACUGUUCUCGUUGAGGUUCCAACUGAAUCUGGCGAUGCGGAGCCAUCGGAGAGUGCUAAUGGCCCAGGAGAAGUGACUUCCACUCGCGGCGGACCAGUCACGGCUGCUACAACGAUCACAAUUCCUGGUCAAGCAGGUCAGCCAGACACUGUGAUUAUUGAGACGCCGACUCGUGCGGCUGAUGUCACGAUCACCAGAGGAGGGCCAGUUUCAGUCGCCACAACUGUUACAAUCCCUGGAGCACCUGGUGAGCCUGAUACAGUGCUUGUGGAAACACCAAUUGAGUCUGCAGACAUAUCUGUGACUGGAAGGGGUGCGGGCGAAAUAACUUCCACUCGUGGCGGGCCAGUCACAGCCGCAACGACGAUCACCAUCCCAGGUAUAUCAGGCCAGCCAGAUACUGUUAUCGUUGAAACACCUACAGGAUCUUUAGAUGAUGAAAAGACAGAAACUGGAGUCAUCCCAGGAGAGAUAACUUCAACAAGAGGAGGACCUGUAACAGCGGCGACUACCAUCACCAUCCCUGGUGAACCGGGUAAGCCGGACACAGUCAUCGUCGAGACCCCAACGAGGUCAAAUGAACCUCCUGUAACUGGUGGUGUUCAAGCAAUCACUUCGACAAGAGGUGGGCCUGUGACAGUAGCGACUACUAUAACCAUUCCUGGCGAGUCGGGCCAGCCUGACACGGUCAUCGUUGAGACACCUCAAUCUUCUGAUGAGGAUGGACCAUCAGCAACUGAAGAUAGUCAAGAUGAAGUUACCAUCACUCGGGGCGGACCUGUCACUGCUGCCACUACCGUUACUAUUCCUGGGGUAUCUGGUGGUCCGGAUACAGUUUUCAUCGAGACGCCAACAACGUCAAAUGAGCCUUCAGUGACUGGCGGAUUGCAAGCGAUUACUUCAACUCGGGGUGGACCCGUGACGGCUGCUACAACUAUUACAAUACCUGGGGAAUCAGGUCAACCGGAUACCGUUAUUAUUGAAACACCUCUAUCUUCUGGCGAGAUUGUGCCGUCUGCAACUGAGGGUCAAGAUCCGGUCACUAUUACUCGCGGUGGACCUGUAACUGCUGCCACGACAGUGACUAUUCCUGGAGUAUCUGGUGGUCCAGACACUGUGUUUAUUGAAACGCCUACUCGAUCUUCUGAAGAGCCUAGAGUAACUGCUGUUCAGCAAGUCACAAUCACCAAGGGCGGUCCAGCAACAGCUCCCAUUACAGUUACCGUCCCUGGAGUAUCCGGCGGUCCUGAUACUGUUUACAUCGAGGUACCUACAGAGUCUGUUAGAACUGGAGCGGUCCAAGAGGUUACAAUUACGCGGGGUGGCCCUGUAACAGCUGCCACAACGGUCACAAUUCCUGGCGGAGCGGGAGAGCCAGAUACUGUUUAUAUCGAAACGCCUACCGAGUCUGCUGGCGGGGGCAGUGAAACUGCAGUAACCGGAGCCGUUCAAGAAGUCACUAUUACGAGGGGCGGUCCCGUCACAGCGGCAACAACGAUUACUAUUCCCGGAGCUUCUGGCGAGCCAGAUACUGUUCUUGUUGAAGUUCCGAUUGAGUCAGCUGAACGAUCCUCGGAAACUGGCUCUUUACGUGAGGUCACUAUCACAAGAGGUGGUCCCGGUACAGCUGCAACAACGCUCACAAUCCCUGGCGAACCUGGUGGACCUGACACUGUACUGAUUGAGACUCCAACUGGCUCUUCUGGCGAUGACGGUGAGCCUUCUACAGCUAGUUCUGUUCGAGAAGUUACUAUCACUCGGGGAGGACCAGUGACAGCUGCGACAACACUUACGAUUCCUGGUGAGUCCGGAGGACCAGAUACUGUAUUGGUCGAGAUCCCGACGGGUUCAUCUAAUGAAGCCGGUUCUAUCCAAGGGGAAGUCACAAUCACUCGUGGCGGUCUUGUUACAGCUGCUACAACUCUCACUAUACCUGGAGCUUCGGGCCAGCCAGAUACUGUUGUCAUCGAAACUCCAACUGAGUCUGGCAGCUCUUCCUCAGAAACUGAUGGUGGUCAAGGAGAAGUCACAAUUACCCGAGGUGGUCCUGUCACAGCCGCAACCACAAUCACCUUGCCCGGUGUAUCAGGCGGACCAGAUACUGUUAUCAUCGAGACGCCUACUGGUGCUUUUGAGACUCCAAAUAAUGCCCUCGCCAACGUCACUGUCUACAGUGGCGGUCCUAUCUCGGUUACCCGUACCAUUUAUUUCCCACCCGCGGCAUCUAGCGAGGCUGGCACUAUUGUUAUCGAAACACCAGACGGUUCUAGUCCCACUGAAACUGCCCGUGGACCUGGAAUUGUCACUAUUUACACUGGUGUUGUUGGUACAGCUACAAGAACCGUCUUCAUACCUGCUACAGCUUCAGGAGAGCCAGACACAGUACUCAUUGAAACACCAACAGGUUCCUCUGGUGGUGAGAGGACGAUAGGAAGUCUUGUUGCAACGACAGGACCUCUCACUACCUCUGAGGGCAGGCCCAACACUACAAUCUUCAGCGGUGGAUCUGGUUCUUCAACUAGGACGAUCUACUUCCCACCAGCUUCUGAUGAUCCCGGUGGCCUUGGAACCAUUGUUAUCGAGACACCAACCUCUGGUUCUGAAGAGGAAGAUCCUGAGGAAUCAAACAGUGCCAUUUCUACCGGAGGACCAGCUAACAUCACACGUAUUGUUGGAGGUCCUGCUUCGGUCACCACUACUAUCUACAUCCCACCAACUGCUUCUGGUGAGCCGGGUGUUGUGAUCAUUGAAACGCCAACAUUAGGCCCCGAGGAUGAGACAACGACCAGUGAGAGUGCCGCAAUCACAGCUUUCCCAGUAGGCAGACAAAACGUCACUCUGUACAGCGGCGGUCCAGGUUCGGUUGUAACGACAAUCUACUACCCGCCUGCAUCGAGCGACCUUGACGAGCCUGCUGGCCCUGAAGAGGAGACACCAUCGAAUUCUGCAAGUGAAGCCGUUACGCCAAUCCAGAACAUUACUCGCAUCGUGGGAGGACCUGCUUCUGUCACAACAACGAUCUACAUACCUCCUACGGUAUCGGGCGAGCCUGGAUUUGUCAUUAUUGAGACGCCUACAGCCAGUCCCGAGGCGAAAGAAACAUCGUCAGCGUCUAUUACCGCAACCUCAAGCGACGAGGAAGCGACUGGUAUUCCCAAUGUCACUCGCUACGUCGGCGGUCCAGCUUCCAUCACGACAACAUAUACAAUACCCCCUGCCUCGUCUGGAGACCCAGGAACAGUGAUCAUCCAAACCCCUUCUACCAGUCCUAGCGAGAGGGAGGCUUCCGCUUCAGAAACCGAGAUUCUAAACGUCACCAGGUAUAUAGGUGGCCCAGCUUCAGUCACUUCGACCUAUACCAUUCCUCCAGCCUCACCUGGGGAGCCAGGUACUGUGGUUAUUCAAACCCCAACCGCCAGUCCUGAAGAAAUUACUACGUCUACCCCAUCAGCUGAGGUGCCAACUGAAGUCCCAAAUGUCACUCGUUAUGUUGGUGGGCCAGCGUCAGUUACUACGACCUAUACCCUCCCUCCAGCUUCAUCUGGAGAGCCGGGCACGGUGGUCAUUCAGACUCCCUCAGCUAGCGCCGCUGCAGAAACCACUUCUAGCGAGGCUAUCACGAGUGUUGAGUCUCCAAGCGCAAUCCAGAACGUCACUCGCUUCGUCGGAGGCCCAGCCUCAGUUACUACAACAAUAUACAUUCCCCCUGCUGCAUCUGGUGAACCCGGCACAGUACUCAUCCAAACUCCGAGCUCUGCUCCAGAGGAAACUUCAUCCUCAGCAACUACAAGCACAACACGACCACCAACAGUUGCACAGAACACAACCAUCUUCGGCGGCGGAGCAGGCUCAACCACAAGAACCAUCUAUAUCCCCCCUGCCUCAGAUGGCGAGCCAGGAACAGUCCUCAUCGAGACCCCAACAGUCAGCCCCGCAGCCUCGACCACUCCCAUCAGCGGCGCACCAGCAGGCAUUCCAACAACUUCCACUCCAAUCGUCGCUGGCACCAAUGUCACUAUCUUCAGAGCUGCUCCUCCUACAGCUACAGCUGAACGAACGCUGUAUGAUCCACCGACUGCGGCUGGAGAGCCAGGUACUGUUAUUAUCGAGACAAUGGUUGUAUCUUCGACUUCUGGCUCGGCUGCGUCGUUAAGUAUGGAGGGUCCUGUUAUCACGACUUUGAGUGGUUCUUCAACUAGUUCUUCUGCUAUCGCUUCACCCUCAUCUACAUCAAGUAGCGCGGCAGCAGCAGCAAGCUCAUCGAGCACUGCUGCAGCGGCGGCUUCGGGUUCCUCCUCUGUUGCAGCAGCUGCCAGUUCCUCCAGUAGCGCAGCCGCCGCGGCAACUUCAUCAAGCAGUGCUGCUGCGGCCGCUGCGUCAAGCUCUUCCAGCGCAGCCGCUGCCAGCUCCUCUAGUGCUGCAGCUGCAGCUGCCUCAAGCUCGUCCAGUUCUGUUGCCGCUGCUGCAUCGUCAACAUCAAGCGCAGUUCCAGCACCAGUCACCACAAGCUCAACCAGUGCUGCACCCCCAGUAAUCACAACCUCCAGCAGCGCAGCUGUCCCCGUAGUCGCCACAUCAUCCAGCAGUACCUCCAGCACGAGCAUGAUGCCCCAGCUCGCAUUCGGUCCAACAUUCGACUGCGAUGGCUUCGGCUACACCGUCCAAAGUCUUCUCGCCAACACCCUCACACGCGUCAAUCUCGUCAACGGUCAACGAACAGAUAUCAGAACAGGCAUUGGUCCCGGCGGUCCUAUCAAUGGUAUCGGAUUCAAUAGAUUCGACAACUACAUCUACGGGUUCUACCAGCAACCUUUAGUCAACGCAGUUCUUUGCGGCGUCUUGGGCUGUAAACGAUCGGGACUUAUUCGCAUCGCCAAGGACGGCCGAUGGGAGGUCCUCGAUCUUGUGAUUGGUACAAAUGCUAUCAGCAUGGGCGAUGUAGACGAUCAAGGAAGGUUUUGGGUAUCCGAAGGUGGAGGUAGAUGGUGGUGCAUUGAUUUGAGACCGACCAGCACCACUUUCGGCAAGCUUCUCGAUUCCGGCACGUCGGCCACCAACCUACUUUCUGGGGUGGGAGAUUGGGCAUAUGUCCCCGGCGGAGGCAACUAUCUCUACGCCGUACAAGCAUCAGUCAUCGAGAGUGGCCUCCUCAGAACAAACAUCGUUCGAUGGUCGUUAACCACGCAAAAGUGGGAGCGCUUCCAAACCUACCCCAACCUCAUCCUCACAACUCUCAACCUCGUCUGGGGUGCCGUGAUGGCAGCACCGGACGGAACACUCUUCGCUCAGGAGACAGUAUUGGGUCAAACGUGGAAAUUCACACUUGGAUCCGCGGCAAAUCCUACAGCUAUACCAGGUGGUGCUAUUCUCAACUUGCUAGGAUCGGAUGGAGCCAGGUGCGCAGGUACUUUAGUUUCAUGA